AGUCUGCGAUUUAUUUUAGGGGGCGUAAAAUAUAUUGUUGUCGUAGUCACUUAACUUGACACCAUCUGGACACCCAAAAUUUCUGGGAUGGCACACAUCUGGGUGUGGCUGCAAAUUGGGGUGAUUCUUUACUUGGGUGUGGUUCAGGCCGCCAACAAGAAGUAUGUCGACCAGCGUGUGGAAAUCGAGGUGCUGUAUGAACCCCCAGAUUGUAAGUACCGAUCUAAAGAGAAGGACUUCUUGACCACGGAAUACAUUGGAAAGUUUCUGAAUGGGGAGAAAUUCGAUUCGACGUAUGAUCGGAAGACACCCAUGACGUAUAUUAUGGGGAAUGGCGAUGUGAUCAAAGGAUGCGAGAUUGGGACGAUGAAAAUGUGCAAGGGCGAGAAGCGUUAUAUCGUCAUCCCACCCGAUUUGGCGUAUGGAAGUGAACCCUACGGACAAAUUCCGGCCAAUUCCACCCUGACGUUUGAAAUAACACUGACCGACGUGCAAGAUGACCCCUUCAGCCACAUGUUUGGCUAAUUGUGAACUACAUACGUACAUGAUUUUAUUCAUGUGAACAAUUUUUGCUACUAUAAAAUAUUGGUUUCCGAACGAUGCUUAAAUUUUA